CCGGUGUCCCGGUGGCGGCGGGGCGACAUGCCGGGGGGGGCGGCGCGGCGGCGGCGGCGGCGCUGAGGCCGGCCGGUGGCGGAGCGGCGAUGCGGCUGCUCGGAGCCUUCCUGCGGCUGCUGCUGGCCGGGGCGCUGGGGGCGCCGCCCGCCCCGGCCCCGGAGGCGCGGGGGACAGCCAGCGCGGAGGCGCCCGUCCUGACCUUUAAGGAGAUCUGGAAUCGCAGUUUCUGCCGGCCGCUGGAGCAGCUGGUGGAUGUCAUUGCCGAGUUCCCCAACGAGGUGGAGUACAUCUUCAGACCCUCCUGCGUCGCCCUGCAGCGCUGCGGGGGGUGCUGCGGGGAUGAGGGGCUCCGCUGUGUCCCCGUGGAGACCAGCACAGUCACCAUGCAGCUCCUGAAGAUAAAGCCCAACGGGGAGGCACCCUACGUGGAGAUGUCGUUCACCGAGCACAAGAAGUGUGAGUGCAGGCCGCGGCAGGACCUGGUGAGGCUGGGGAGGAGGAGACCCAAGGGCCGAGGUAAGAGAAGAGGAGACAAGAAGAGACGUAAAGACUGUGAGCUAUGUGGCAUGCCGCGCAGGUAGCCUCCGCUCUGCCCCCGGCCUCGCUCCUGCCUCCGGGGCCUGAUCCAGUCUCAUUCCUGCCCGGCGCGGGGGACGUGCGGAGCUGAGUGACGGUGGCUGGGGAGCAACUGUGCCGGGGAGCAGGUCCGCAGCGGGAAGGAGCCGACGGGACUCUUGCUUGGCCCUGGAGCCAAGGACUCCCUCGCCCUGUCUGCACCGGUUGCAGCAGGACUAAAGGACCCUUGAAGGAGGAUGAGGAGCUGGAGCCGCACUUCAGUGCCUCAGAAGGGCGUCCUGGGGGCCACGAGGAACGGAGCUGGUGGAUGUGCUGCUGGGGGUGGCAUGGGGUGGGGGCAAGCUGGGCUGCAGCCACGGAACUGCUCUGUCCUGCCGGGCAGGGGGGAGGAGGGACAGCCGGGACAGGCAGGGCUGCAUCGCUCCCAGCUUGGCACGGAGCAGCUCAGGAGGGUGCCAGGGUGGGUGGGGAGCUUGCCUGGGGAGGCCUCCUGGUGGGCACGGGGAGGGAGCUGGGGUGCUGUGGCCCUUCACGUACUCAUAUCCUCAUCAUAGCCUCCCCCUUCUCAAUAAAAGCUGGGGGCAGACCCA